AUGGAUGAGAUUGCUCCCGAAUAUGAUGUUGUCGUGCUCGGCACUGGCCUGACGGAGUGUGUACUUUCUGGUGUUCUCAGUGUCAAGGGAAACAAGGUCCUGCACAUCGAUCGCAAUGAUCACUACGGAGGAGAGGCUGCUUCGGUGAACAUUGAAACUCUCUUCAAGAAGUAUGGCAACGUCCGCCCCGGUGAAGAGCCCUGGAAGAAGUACGGGCGCGUCAAUGACUGGAACAUCGAUCUGGUCCCCAAGUUGCUGAUGGCGAACGGCGAGUUGACCAACAUCUUGGUCUCCACCGACGUGACUAGAUACCUGGAGUUCAAGCAGAUUGCGGGUAGCUAUGUCCAACAAGGAAAUGGACCCAAGGCGACCGUGGCAAAGGUGCCUUCGGAUUCCGCCGAGGCUCUGCGAUCGUCUCUCAUGGGCUUGUUCGAGAAGCGGAGGGCGAAGAAGUUUUUGGAAUGGGUGGGUGACUUCAAAGAGAACGACCCUUCUACUCACCAAGGCUUGAACAUAUCCCAGUGCACCAUGAAGAGUGUCUAUGACAAAUUCGGACUGGAGCCAAACACCUGCGACUUCAUUGGUCAUUCCAUGGCCCUAUACCAGUCAGAUGAGUACAGUGAAAGACCAGGAAUGGCCCCCGAGACCAUCAACCGUAUCCGCCUCUACGUGAACUCCAUGGCCCGGUACGGCAAGUCGCCGUACAUCUACCCUCUCUAUGGUCUGGGUGAGCUUCCCCAGGGCUUUGCUCGUCUCUCUGCCAUCUACGGGGGCACCUAUAUGCUCAACACCAGCGUCGACGAGGUACUCUAUGAUGAGAGCGGCAAAGUGUCGGGCAUCAAGGCAACUAUGAAGGAUCGGGACGACAGCGGUGAAACAAUGAAUUUCACAACCAAGACCAAGAAAAUUCUCGCCGACCCAUCCUAUUUCCCCGGCAAGGCUAGGGUCACUGGGUACUUAUUAAAGGCCAUUUGCAUUCUGAAGCACCCUAUCGAUAAGACUGAUGGCAGCGACUCGCUGCAGCUGAUCCUUCCCCAGUCGCAGGUGGGCAGAAAGCAUGAUAUCUACAUUGCCAUGGUCUCUUCCGCACACAACGUCUGCCCCAAGGGCUACUACAUCGCCAUCGUCUCGACCAUUGCCGAGACAGAUGCCAAUCACCACCUGGAACUCGAACCCGGCUUCGAACGUCUGGGCGCCAUUGAAGAGAAGUUCUUCGGACCCCCCAUCCCCCUCUACGAGCCCCUGGAAACCGGCGAGAAGGACAACGUUUUUAUUUCCAAGAGCUAUGAUGCCACCUCUCACUUUGAGACCACAACCGACGAUGUGCGAGACAUUUACCGACGGGCGACGGGCGAGGAGCUGGUCGUUGAGGGCCUUCGUGAGGACCAGAAACUUGCGCAAGAAUAG